AUGGCGCCGGCGGCGUCGAAGCUGCGGACGGAGGCUGGACUAGGGCCGCUCCCGCGGCGGGCACUCUCCCAGUACCUGCGCCUCUUGCGGCUCUACCCAGUACUCACCAAAGCGGCCACCAGUGGCAUUUUGUCAGCACUUGGGAACUUCCUGGCCCAGCUGAUUGAGAAGAAGCAGAAAAAAGAAAACUGCUCUCAAAAGCUAGAUGUCAGCGGGCCUCUCAGAUAUGCCAUCUAUGGGUUUUUUUUUACAGGGCCGCUGAGUCACUUCUUCUACCUCUUGAUGGAGCGCUGGAUCCCUUCCGAGGUCCCCUUGGCAGGCAUCAAGAGGCUUCUCCUGGACCGCCUUCUCUUCGCACCCGCCUUCCUGUCAUUGUUCUUCCUUGUCAUGAACUUCCUGGAGGGGCAGGACACCGCCGCUUUCACUGCCAAGAUGAAGAGUGGGUUCUGGCCGGCACUGCGGAUGAACUGGAGAGUCUGGACACCCGUGCAGUUUAUUAACAUCAACUAUAUCCCUGUGCAGUUCCGGGUGCUUUUUGCAAACUUGGUGGCCCUGUUCUGGUACGCCUACCUGGCCUCUCUGGGGAAGUGA